GUCAUUAGUGACAAAUUUGUUUGAUCGAUAUCCAGACGAAAUUGAGAAAGGGGUGAAAAGAUUAUCUUCUCCAGAAGAACAGUUCUCGAGUUCAAUAAGAGUUUAAAAAAUCUAAGUAAAAAUGGCUCCGACAGUUUCCAAGAAAGCAUCAAACCAUCAGAAACCUGCUCCAAGGAAGCCUAUGGGGAAACCAGUCGAAAAAGAAACAUCCGAUUUCGACGAAUGGAGGAAAGCGAAACAAUUACUGAAGCCAAAAGACCAGUUGGAGUUGCCAGAAGCAGAACUGAAAGAAAUAUUGGCCAGAGUAUUGAUGACGACGAACCCUCAGAAACCUGAAGCUCUGGUAGAAUUCAGCUAUAAAGAAGGAAGAUUCAUCGAUGUUCCACCUCCAGGUAAUUUGGUGGUGGCUUAUAGGUUGGAAGGUUCACAGAUUCAUAUCGACACAGAUGAAGCAACCAACCAAUUGAUAGAAAUGGGCUAUGAUCCUGAAGAAUAUCGGGCCCAAGCUAGAGAAGGUAUAGAAGAGGAAGUGAUUGAGGAAGCCAUUCCUGAAGAAACCGAGGAGGUUCAAGAAGAAGAGGCUGCAGCAGAAGAAACUGAAAAACCAGAAGGUGACGAAGAGGACGAAGAAGCAGCAGCUCCUCCAAAGGAGGCUGAGGAGGAAGAACAUGGCGAAGGAGAUGAAGACGAGGCUGAAGUGGCUGAGAAACCCGCUGAAGCACCGAAAGGUAGAAAGAAGAAGCUGACGAACCAAUUCAACUUCUGUGAAAGGGCAUCACUUACAUACAAUCUCCCAGUCAGAAGCCAAGAAAUACAGACCAUUCCGCCUCCUAGAGCCAAUUUUUCAGCCCUUGUCCUCCAAUGGGUUAUCUACGAUGCGUAUCAGAAGGAUUUUGAAGCUCAAGAGCUCGAAAAAGAACUAGAAAAAGAACGAAAGGAAAAAGAGAAAGCUAUGGUGUCGACUAAACCUAAACCGAUAAGGAAGAAACCUGGUAAGGCUCAGAUCAGCGAGGCAGUGAAGAUGAGAAUUGCUGAGGCCUGGAAGGUUUUAGAGAGGAUGAUCAAUCAGAAUACUUUUUACGAUAUAGCAAAGGAUUAUAGAUACUGGGAAGAUCCUGCUGAUGAAUUUCGUGAAGAAGAAGGCACACUUUUGCCUCUGUGGAAGUUCACUUAUGAUAAAGUAAGGAAAAAUACCGUGACUGAUAUUGAAUGGAAUCCUUACUAUUAUGAUCUGUUCGCUGUUACAUUUGGGUAUCUUGACUUCGUCAAGCCAGUGAAGGAAGGAGCUGUUUGUGUGUACACUCUAAAAAACCCAUCAUUUCCUGAUUACAUCUGCAUAACGCAUUGCGCUUGCAUGUGCAUAAGUUCUCAUCCAAAGUUCCCUUACAUGCUUGCCGUCGGUUUGAUAGAUGGCAGCGUUUUUGUCUACAAUAUACAACAAACUUGUAAGGAACCAGUUUACACAAGUAACAUCGUGACCAACAAACACAGAGGAAUUGUGUGGGAGGUGAAGUGGGCUCCAGAUCUGCCAGAUGGAGAAUUGAACUUCUUCUCCAUUGCAUCAGAUGGCAAAAUCAACAACUGGGUCUUGAUGCAGAGCGAUCUAGCUCAUACAACAGUGUUCACUUUGUAUCUACCAAUGGAUCCAGUAGCAGGACCUGAUGGUACCUUCAUGAAAAUGAGAGGUUCCGCAUGCUGUGUAGCCUUUCAUCCAAAAGAUCCCUUAAUAUAUCUGGUUGGAACUGAAACUGGAUCUAUAUAUGAGUGUAGUACGGCAUACAGUUCUAUUUACCUCUUCGUGUAUGAAGCGCACCAUAUGCCAAUCUACAGGAUAGACUUUAAUAGAUACAACACCGAAAUUUUUGCCUCCUGCAGUGCGGACUGGCGGAUCAAAAUUUGGGAACAUAAAAGAGACGAGCCUUUGUUCGUUUUCGACGUUGGAGCUGCCGUGAAUGACGUCAAGUGGGCCCCAUAUUCUUCCACAGUUUUCGCUUCCGUAACAGUAAUAGGAAAAGUUUUCGUCUUCGACAUAAAUGUCAAUAAGUACAAGCCGAUCUGUGAACAAGCCGUGGUAUCUAGAAGAAGAAAUAAACUAGCAAGAUUGGCUUUCAAUUAUAAGUUACCGAUCAUCAUAGUCGGCGAUGACAAAGGGUGUGUUACCACAUUGAAAUUAUCGCCCAAUUUGAGAAUAAUGUGUAAGCCGCCAAAAAAGCAACAAUAUUUGGACCAGUUCACUCUACAGUGUAUGAAACUGGAGAAAUUGCUAGCACUAGUGAGGGAACCGGUUACACUGACUCCUCCACCGGACACCGCUGGAACAGAAGAGUGAUGAAAAUAAUAAUUAUAUAUUUCUUUUGUUUUAUGUAUACAUAAAUAUAUUUUAAUUCUACGAUAA